CUGGACAGGCGGCUCAGUUCUGCUGGCAGCCAUGAGGAUACUUUCCAUUCUGAUACUGACCUGGGUCGUGGCACAUCUCGACCAAGUGUCGGGGAAAAGGCGACUGCAGAAAGGACCCAAAAACAAAGGUCCUUGCGGCAAGCCCUAUCUGCAGCAAGUCAACGGAAAAUGCUACUACGUGAGCACAAAAAAGAUUAACUGGUUUGGGGCCCAGAACAACUGCCUGCGCAAAGACCUCAACCUGGCAGACGUGGCCACACCGGAAGACUUCAAGGCGGUGACCGACUAUCUGAAGUCGCAGUAUGGCAAAGAGGACUACUGGAUUGGCGGCAACGACCUGCAAAAGGAGGGUAAGUUCAGCUACAUCAGCAACGGUGAACCAAUGAACUACAUGGGCGAGGACAUCAUGGUGGAGCCAACGGUUCGCUCCAAUGUGGAUGACUGCCUGGAGCUGAGAAUCCGGACCAACACCACCACCAUAAUGGACGUAAACUGCCGCGAUAAGAAGUACUUCGUCUGUGAGAACUCCCAGCUGAAGUGCGUCGAACCAACUGCCGAUGAGAACGGUAACAACCACCACAGCCACGAGCAUCUGCAUCACUUCCACCACGAUGCGGGCGAAAAGGAGCAGCAAGGAGCUGGGAAAGCGGACAUGGAAGCGGAUGAAAGCGAGUCGCGUCCACUUGACAAUUCGAAUUCGACGGAAAUUGGCACAUCGGAUGAGAAGGGGUUGACAGAAGCAGGCAAUGACACCACCACCGCGGUGGACACAGCAUCAGAAGGUGUCACCACAGAAGCGGCAGCCCCAACAGAAGAAGCCAAGCCAACAGGAGAAGAAACCAAGCCGACAGGAGAAGAAGCCAAGCCGACAGGAGAGGAAACCAAGCCGACAGGAGAAGAAGCCACGCCGACAGGAGAAGAAGCCACGGCGAAAGAAGAAGCCAAGCCGGCAGAAGAAGCCACGGCGGUAGAAGAAGCCAAGCCGAAAGAAGAAGCCACGGCGGCAGCAGAAGCACCCGUUGCAAGAACAGCUCCUUUACCAGAAAGAAACUAACAAGAAGCAGGAACAACAACUACCCAAGGAGUUGCGGCAGUCACUGAGUGUCCCUGAUGACUAAACGGAAGAUCACCCCAUCAACCGGACGGACUUUUAUAUAUACACCUUAGGAAUCGAAUGACGGUUUAAGCUACCCAAGCAAGAGCAGAAGAGUUAAAAAAAAAUAUAUAAAAUAAAAUUGGUAUAAAGAAAUUUAAAUGGAGAAAAGCUAUUUACUGGAAGAGCUGUUAGAGCCUUAAUUAAUGUGGUUUAAGUUGAGUUGACCAAAUAUUGAAAAUAUAAAUAUGGGUAGAUACUAACACAUGAUUCUGUAGUGCAAAGAUCAAUUUAAAACUAUUACAAGACAUAUUUCGAAAUGCCAAGAGGUUUCCAAUUAAAAUC